AUGUUAGGAACUGCUAAGGUUGGACGACUCGAGGUACCUAGCUCGACAGCCUAUCCAUGCGCAUACAGCAAGUACCGUGCGUCCUGUCGUGCUAAGGUGUUUGUUCCUGCGCGAGACUAUUAUCUAGAACUAUUGCAUGUUUCCUGCGUAGAUUUGUGCUACUUCAAAGCGAAGCUACGGCAUAUGAUCGACACAUGGAUUAGUAUUGCUCAACCACCACUUGGUGCGGUCCCGCACAUGGUCAUUUCAAACAAUCCGUUGGUCCAGUCAUGGUCUAGUUGGUUUGGACGAGACUCUGAGUUUCUUUCCUCAAUGCAACUGCAAACUCAAACAGUCGCCAAACAAGUCUCGAGACUUUUUAGUCCCUUUUUGCACUUCUUUUGUAUACAAGAAGUGUGCCCAACUAGGAUAUCUCAAUUGCAAAUCGAAAUCUCAACCCAUCCAAAGAUGAGGAGACCAAUCAACUGA